AUGGUGGUCAUGGAAGACAAAGAAGAGGAAGUGCUGGACGUUGAGGAUCAGGGUGAGGUAGCAGUGGUGAAAGAUGAGGAUGAUGAGGUGACAUUUUUAGAGAAGUAUACAAAGGUCAUGGUGGUGGAGGAUGAGGAUGAUGAGGUGACAUUUGUAGAGAAGAAGGAUACAGAGGUUGUGGUGGUGGAAGAUGAGGAUGACGAGGUGAUAUUUGUAGAGAAGAAGGAUACAGAGGUCGUGGUGGUGGAAGAUGAGGAUGAUGAGGUGACAUUUGUAGAGAAGGAUACAGAGGUCGUGGUGGUGGAAGAUAAGAAUGAUGAGUUGAUAGUCAUAGACAGUGAAUCCUUAUGGGAAAAAUUACAAAACAAAAAUGUGACUGACUUAGUGAAUUUAAUGAUCCUCAAAUAUAGAAUGAAGGAACCCAUCACAAAACUGGAAAUGCUCAACACUGUUACAGAAGAGCACAAGAAAGAAUUCCCUAUGAUCUUCAAGGAAGCCUCUAAGUGCUUGGACAUUAUUUUUGGCAUUGAUGUAAAGGAAAAUAAUCCUGUAAACCACUCCUAUGUCCUCACAAACUCACUGAACCUCACAUAUGAAGAUAAAGACCAGAGAAUGCCAACAAAUGGCUUCCUGAUACUUAUCCUGGGUGUGGUAUUCAUGGAAGAGAAUUGUGCCUCAGAAGAAAGUAUCUGGAAAUUCCUGAAUAUAAUGGGAGUGUACAAUGGAGAGGAGCAUUUCAUCUAUGGGGACGCCACAAAGCUUCUGACUGGUGUUUUUAUAGAACAAAAUUACCUGGAGUAUCAGGAGGUACCUAAAAGUGAGCCUCCACGUUAUGUGUUCCAGUGGGGACCAAGAGCCUAUGCUGAAACCACCAAGAUGAAAGUUCUGGAAUUCUUGGCUAAAGUCACAGGUAGAGAUCCCAUUUCUUUCUCAUUAUGGUAUGAGGAGGCAUUCAGAGAUGAUGCAGAGCAAAGGUCUCAUAGAAGAGGCUCUAAGAUUAGUGCUACACACAAGCCCAUCUCACAUAAUGAAUCAGCAGCCACUGCUGCCCAAAGUGAAGAAUUCGUGGCUGAAUCUGUUUACACUGUUUCUGAAGAGAACAGGCAUUAA